CACCGGCCUCCGAACCGUAGCCCCCAUUUCCCCCAUUUUUUGGCAUUUCUUUGCGAAGAUUCCACCCUGUUUUUCUUCGUUGUCGCCGCUCCGGCCGUUGAAUUUCCUCUCCGGUUCGAGAAAAUUCGUUGAAAGUUUUGGCGGAAAUUCCAUGUCCCUCCUUUGAUGCAGUUGGUAUUGGUGUAAAGUCUGAAGCUUUGGACUGGAGGUCGGGGCGUUGUUGUGUUUAUAGUCGCGUGGAAAAAGCAUACCCCGCAAUUCAGGCGCAAAAUGUCUGAUACGGCUGAAAUGGUGGAUGAGUUCAAGCCCGAGUUCGAGAAGGAGCCAUCUUGCUCGAAGUCGGUGAAUGAGACGGUGAAUGGGUCGCACCAGUUCACCAUAAAGGGGUAUUCUUUGGCGAAAGGUAUGGGGUCCGGAAAGUGCAUUUCCAGUGAUAUUUUCACGGUGGGUGGCUAUGAUUGGGCGAUUUACUUUUACCCGGAUGGCAAAAACCCUGAGGAUAGCUCCAUGUACGUUUCGGUGUUCAUUGCCUUGGCCAGUGAUGGUACAGACGUUAGGGCGUUGUUUGAGUUGACGUUGUUGGAUCAGAGCGGGAAAGGGAAGCAUAAGGUGCAUAGCCACUUUGAUCGUGCUCUGGAGAGCGGGCCAUAUACAUUGAAGUACAAGGGGAGCAUGUGGGGUUAUAAGCGUUUCUUCAGGAGAACAAGUCUAGAAACUUCAGAUUAUAUAAAGAAUGAUUGCCUCAUCAUGAACUGCACCGUUGGCGUCGUUAGAACUCGUCUUGAAGGACCCAAGCAGUAUUCUGUUAUUGUUCCCCAAUCCAGCAUGGGUCAGGGCCUUAAGGAAAUCCUGGAAGCUGAAGUUGGUUGUGACAUUGUGUUCCGUGUUGGCGAUGAAUCAUUUAGAGCUCAUAAGUUGAUCCUUGCUGCACGAUCACCAGUUUUUAGAGCUCAGUUCUUUGGACUAGUAGGGGAUCGUAACUUGGAUGAGGUUACAGUGAAUGAUAUUGAUCCCACGAUCUUCAAGGCAAUGCUCCUGUUCAUAUACACAGACAAAAUUCCUGAAGUGCAUGAUGUUAUGGAUUCUUCUUCAUCCACGGGCACAUCUACCAACAUGAUACAGCACUUGUUAGCUGCUGCCGACCUGUACAACUUAGAUCGUUUGAAAGUGCUAUGUGAAUCAAAGCUAUGCGAGGAGCUCACGGCUGUAUCAGUAGCCACAACACUGGCAUUGGCUGAGCAGCAUCAGUGUGCGCAACUCAAAGCUGUCUGUUUGAAAUUCGCGGCCAAUCCAGCAAACUUGGGAGUGGUGACACAAUCUGAAGGCUUCAGACAUUUGGAGCAGAGUUGCCCGGCAUUAGUGUGUGAAUUGUUGAAGACACUUGCCUCAGCUGAUGAGGACUCAAGCAUGCAUCCUAGCAGGAAGAGAGGAGGGAGCAGCAUAUUCGGCUUAGAUAUUGCUGCAGCGGGGGAAGCAGCAGAUGAUGGGGGUAUGGCAGAAUCUAGUAAUCCGAACAUGAGGCGCGUGAGGAGACGCUAUAUAACCGAAAAUUUCCCUUUUUCUCACACCGUCACACGAAACACCUUAACCACAGUUCAUUCGAUCAUGGAGUGGGAGAAAGAUCCAUGGAGUUGCUCUUGCUCCUCCAAGUCAGUAAUCGAGACGGUGACUGGGUCGCACGAGUUCAUUGUAAAGGGUUAUUCUUUCGCGAAAGGUAUGGGAGUGGGGAAGUGCAUGUCCAGUGAUAUUUUCUCUGUGGGUGGUCAUGACUGGAUCAUCCGCUUUUACCCGGAUGGGCAGAAACUCGUCGAUGGAAGCUCUAAAUCUGAGUACUUUUCGGUGUGCAUUGGUUUGCUCAGCGAUGUUGGUGAUACGGGCAUUAGGGCCUCGUGUGAGUUUACGUUCUUGGACGAGAGUGGGAAAGAGAUACUAAAGAGAUUGUCCGGCCGGCCAUCCCCUAUAAAGAAAGGAUGCGAGUGGGUUCUAGAGAUGAAGGAAGCAAAUCAAGCAAGCAAGUGUGUACAAAAUGAUUGCAUCAUCAUUCGAGGCACUGUUCGAUUUCUUGCGAAUCGGCAUGAAGAAGUUGAAGGGGCCAAGCAGGGUUCCAUUACCGUACCCGACUUCAACUUUGGCCAGGGUUUCAAGGAGCUACUGGAAUCUGAAGUUGGUUGGGACAUUGUGUUCCACGUUGGCGAUGAAGCAUUUAGAGCUCACAAGUCGAUUCUUGCUGCGCGAUCCCCUGUUUUCAGAGCCCAGUUCUUUGGACCAGCAGGGGAUCCCAACUUGAAUGAAGUUACAGUGGAUGAUAUUCUUCCCUCCAUAUUCAAGGCGAUUCUCCGAUUCAUAUACACAGACCAACUUCCUGAUGUGCAUGAUAUUGUUGGCUUCUCGUCAUCCUCGUCAGUUGCUGCCAACAUCACACAACACCUGUUAGUUGCUGCUGACCUCUACAACUUGGACAGGUUGAAGGUGUUCUGUGAAUCCAAGUUAUGCAAGGAGCUUACCGCCGUAUCGGUGGCCACGACACUAGCAUUGGCCGAGCAGCAUCAGUGCGCACAUCUCAAAGCUGUCUGCUUGAAAUUUGCAGCACAUCCAAAGAACUUGGGAGUGGUGAUGAAAUCAGAAGGUUUCAAACAUUUAGAGGACAGCUGCCCGGCAUUGUUGCGCGAGUUGCUGAAGACGAUUGCAUCAACAGAUGAUAGUGGGGCUAGGGCCAGGCCUUGUCGCAGUGAACCGCUUUGGCCGUCCAAACAAACUGCACCGCAAAGCUUGUGGUCUGAGAUGUGGUCAACUUUUAGUGUGGUUUUCGAUUUGUGGCGGUUCUAACUGGAACCACGCAGUUUAAACUUUUAUAAGAAUUUCACUCACUGAAGAAUAAUAAGCGGAAUCGUCAAUAGUGCAAAUAGAUGAGACACUAUAAAUCGAUGGUGGGCCUUGGUGAUCGGGGAAUUCCAUUGACGAUGGUGUAUGAGAAUUAACGGUUAAUCUUGGGGUCAAUUGCGUUGCAAGUGGAAAAUUUUAAUUUUUGACGUUUUAAGUUUUUUAUUAGAAUUA